AUGCUUCAAAAGCUAAAAGAAGAUCUUGCGGGGUUACCAAACUCCCUAACAUACCCCAUUCUUUGGGCAUAUGUGCAAGUUGCAAACCGCUUCAUCAAUGCAUCCGAAGGGACUCGCAUCACGUAUGAAAUUUGUAAUAUGUUCGUGUGGGUGUGGCUUGCAUGGCAGCUCCGGUUUCUUCGACCGUUCAUGAAUAAGUAUUUUAUGCAUCAUCCGUUGUCUGGGCGGAGUGUUACGCUUCUUACGAGUAUAUUCAGUCAUCACUCGUUCAUACACCUUCUUGUGAACUCAUUUGCGCUUCUUGGCUUCGGCUCGGCAGCAACCGCGUACUUAGUCAAGAGACAGCAGGAGAAUAGCGAAGGGGUGUUGGAGUCGACACCGAGGUAUCAUUUCUGGGCGUUGUUCAUUACUGCUGGACUUGUCUCCGCGCUCACCUCGCACAUCGCAAGCACACGUAUCUACUUCCCUAUGUUCCUCGCCGAACUACGCGCAUCCGGAGCGGCGAACUCCCUCGCUACGUCGGUGUCAACGGCAUUUCGGAGGGUAGGAGGUUCAGUGGUGAAGGAUAAGGCCGCGGGGCGUAGAGAGAUUCUCCCUUCGUUAGGUGCUUCGGGCGCGAUUUACGCAAUGGUGAUGAUUACAGCGCUUGCGUACCCGGAUGCACAGGUCUUCUUACUGUUCCCGCCUAUUCCCCUGCCUAUCAGUUGGGGUGUUGGUGCGAUGGUGACGAUGGAUAUUGUGGGCAUCCUCCGAGGAUGGCGGCUCUUUGACCACUGGGCACACCUGGGUGGCGCUGGCUUUGGAGUGCUGUACUACAUGUACGGACCAGACAUUUGGAACGCACUCCGAGUAAUCCAUAGACGAAGAAUUCAGCCUUCGCAACAAUAA